GACACAUUUUGGCACGCGUUGCACCACGCCGCCGCCGCCGACGACGACCUUCGACGCAUUUCGACCAAGAUCCACACAUCUUCCAGACAUGUUCGCGUGGGGAAAACCCUCUGCCGCUCUGGCGCGCCCUGUGGACCUGUUGGGCCUUAAUGCAGCCUCGGACGAUGACGAAGCGUGGCCGACACUUUCGUCGGGACGUCCGACAGCUGCAUCGAAGAAGCGCACGUCGUCUUCAAGGCGAAAGAGGCAUGGCGAUGGUGACUUCUUUCUGCCUUUGACGCCUCCUAAUAUGCAAGCUCCUCCGGCACCCCCCGUUUCCUCGAUUGUAAUGAACUUGCCGACGAAGCUUCCUGUCCUUGAAGUUCCUACGAUCGAGACGAAUUGGUCGACGCGCAGCAAGCAGUGGGAGAGUGACAGUGAGGACUCUCCAUCAAGUCCCGUCCGAUCGCAUAGCAUCGAGGAACCUCCGCAUCUUUCUGGUUCCCAUCGAAUACGAAGGGCCAUGUCUGAAGAAUCUGUGCUGAAACCCGCGCGCUAUGAAUCCACACCGCCGUCGUCGCCGUCCAGUUCACGAGUAGACGAUGCGACUGCAUUAGAAUCGCAAACCCAAGCCCGUGAACAUAUCUGGAACAUGGUGUUCAACAACCAUGCAUCAUCAUCAUCGCCGUCGUCGUCAUCCACCCCGCGUGCAUCGCGCGCCAUGAGUCUUCCAGGGUGGAUGCCCACCAUGAAAUUCGCGUCCGAUCUGCAAGAAGACGACACCUUGAACAAGCCAGUGCCUCCUUAUGAACCUUCCAUCGACGACGACGACGACUUGGACGAAGUGUGCAGCAAUGGAUCGUCAGACACGACCGUCUUGUCCAGCUACAACUCGAGUCCGCGCACGACGAGUACCUCCGUCGACUCGUUGAAAAGCCCGCCGCCGCCGCCGCUGCUGGAUCCCCAUCUUUCUCUUCCCAGCCCCCUUCCAUCCUGUCAUUGCCCCAUGGCGUCGGAUUCCACACAAGGCAGUUUCAUGCCGCAAAGCAGCCGCAUGUCCGCCGCAAUUCCUUCGUCCAAGUGCACCUGCGCCCCAUCCAACGAAGACGUAGAUCCUGUCAUAUUGGCUCGUCUGGCCGACGACUUUCGAGCCCAGCGAUUGGCCAACCAAGCGAACGCGUUGAUGUGGUCCGUGGAGCAAGCCACCGCCCGCGGCGUCGUGUCCAACUCCACCGAACAGACGCUGUACCACUUGAUUGGCCGGGGGGCGUUUGAAGAGGCCCGGGAUAUCUUGUAUCGGCACUGCCACCUCACCCCCGCCGUGCACAACCUCGGCUCAAAGGCGACAGCGGCUACGGCUCCAGACAACACCCCCCUCUCUCCCACCGUUCCCGUCGAUGUAGUGGCGAACUCUGCCUUGACAGCGUUUGUAGAUGCGAUGGCGCCCAAAGACUCUGUCGCAGGCCGGCGCCACAAACAAACGGUGCUGCGGGCGUUGUCGACGCUGGUGGCGUCGUGGGUCAAGCGCGUGGGGGUCGAGCGGGGGUUGAGUCCCGAGCACAUUGCGCUCACGAGCGGCGCCUUGUUUGCGGCCGGUUCAUACCGCCUGGCUAUCGACGAUCCGUCCUCAGACAUUGACACGGUCGCCGUCGCGCCUUGGCACGUGACCCACGCCGACUUUUUCGGGUCAUUUGUGGACCUGCUGCGAUCUUGUCCGGCAGUGUCGAGCUUGACGCCCGUCUCAAACGCGUUCGUGCCGCUGCUGGCGCUAGUGUACGACAAUGUGGCGUUGGAUGUGCUGUUCGCCCGCGUGCCCAUGCCCACGGUGCUGCCGUCGCAAGAUAUUGACUCGGACUACAUCUUGGCGGGGGUGGAUCCGGCGUCCAUGAAGUCGCUCAACGCGCCGCGCGUGAGCACCCUGCUGCUGCGGUUGGUGCCGCAGCCCGCCGUGUUUCGCGCCGUGGCUCGGGCGAUUCGGGCGUGGGCUAAAGCGCGGGGCAUCUACUCGAGCAAGUGGGGGUACCUGGGCGGCGUGAGCUGGACUAUCCUCGUGGCGUUCGUGUGUCAGAUGUACCCCCAGGAAACCGACUGCGAGUCGGUGUUUGUCAGGUUCUUCCACGUCAUGUCCGAGUGGGCGUGGCCCCAGCCCGUGAUGCUGAACGUGCUGUACGACGCUGGCCUCGGCCUCGAGAGCUGGGACCCGCGGCUCAAUGUAUUUGAUCGGACGCACCUCAUGCCAAUCAUCACGCCGGCGUACCCGCCGAUGAACUCGGCGGUGCAAGUUUCCCACACAACGUUCAAAGUCAUGUACGACGAACUGUGGCGCGCGCGGCACUUCGCCGACUUGGCGGCCCAUGCCGCCAAUGACGCGGAUGUGAAACGUGCCAAGUGGGUCGACUUGUUUGCGCCGACAAACUUUUUUGUCCGGUACGAUGUGUACUUAGGCUUGUCGUACAGUGCCAACACUAGAGACGACAUGUGCAUCUGGAGCAAGUUCGUGCACUCGCGAGUGCGCAAGCUCGUGGACGGACUGCAACAUGUCGAAGGCAUGUGCAACGUGCACGCGCUGCCUACCCACUUUCCCCACCCCGUCGGCAACUCAUCGCCGGACGGGGGAGAGGGCGGUAGUGAUGGGCAGUGUCUGCAUCGUGAAUCUGUGUUUAUCGGCCUCGAGUUCAAAGCACGCGUCCCUGGCAAUAGGAGUAUAUUCUUGGACCCGCAGAUGGAAGCCACCAUUGGCCAGACCAUCCGGUUCUUUGAAGCUACCGACUUGCAGCAGUUUGGUGUGCGCGCGCCGGGGAUGACGCUGUCCACAACGUUGUUGCAGUGGGAGUCAUUGCCCGAGUUUGUGUUUGCACACGGACGAGAGGCGGCGCGGGACGACCGCGUCCGUCUGGCCACCUCGCCGGCAUCGCACCCGGCGCCGCCGCCGCCGCCCCGCAGUCGGUUUGUGUAUCCAGCUCCGUUUGGUACCACCACCGCCACCAUGAACAGCCACCAUCGACCCAAAAGCAAGACGACCAAAAAGGCCAAGCGAAAAGACAAGCAACACACAUCGAGUAUUUAAGAGUCCCCAGGGUAGUAAUUUUCCGUUAAUAUAAAAGCAUGAGUACGUAAA